UUGAUGUUAGGGGCCAUUUGUAAAUGAAUUGGUUAGGGAGAGAUGGCUUGAAGAGUCACACUCCCACUGAAUUGUGACUCUUUUAUUAGUCUGAAGUAAAUGACCAGAGAGAGAGAAAGAUUAAUAAGAAUAUCUUUUUUUUUUUUCAUCCAAAUUAUGCACCGGCCAAAUCUGAAGAGGCCAAUAAUUAAAGAACUUAUUUAGGUUCAGUGAAACAAUGUUAUUUUGCAGUGCAGUGCAACUAACAGAUGCACGAUUGUGUUUACCUCUUCAUAUACAAUUUGUUAACAAGUCUAAUGCACUUCACUGUCCUAGAAAAAAAGCGAAUGAAGCAACAGGCUAUUUUUACCCCUGGGCAAAUGUGCCCAAGCUGAGGCACCUGCUAACCACCACAACAACUCCAGCAAGAGGAUAUUUAUUUUGAUCCAAAUAUUAUCUCUACUUCAAUGGGUUUUUUAAUUUUAAAGGCCAAAAUGAGGUAAAAUUGAAAAGGUUUGAGCAUGACACUAGCUGAGAAGCAUGUUUAUUUCAUUACUUUGUCACUUGACACCAAAUGGUCAGCCUUCAGCCUGUGUUACUCACUCAACUCAGGGACUCGCUCUCUGAAGUCACUGCUAUUUCAGUGUAUUUUCUCCCACUGAGUCUUGGCUACAGCCAUGCCUCUAUUGGAGCAGGGGUCUUAACCUCUAGAAGAGUUGGAAAUAAUUUAACUACUACAACAUGGAAUCCAAGGCCAAAAGGAAAGAAGCACAACCUGUUCACCUUUUGCAAGGUGGACUGCUUAAAAGCAAGACUUCAUAAGUAGGCAAUCUCAGAGACCGAUAGAAGCAACUGUGUCCUGCUCAUGUGAGCAGGUUUUUGAAAUGAGCUCUCUGGAAAAGCGCCAAGCAAACCGGCGGGGAAGCACACAUGGCCCUCGCAAGUGCUCUGAUGGCAUCAGUGACACAUCGAGUGUGGGAAGCUUCAUGGAUGAUACAGACAGGGAGGUAAGCAACCUCACUGAUCGAGCCUUCAGGAGCUUGUGUAUUGGAGAGGAUGCUAUCUACAAUGACUUGGAGGUUUCCUCCCCUGCUGAUCAGCACAAAGCCUGUGCUCAAGAAGCCCUACAAAAGAAAGAUUUAAGGACAAUCUGCCAGGAGUCCUCCUCUCAUGGUAUUCAGUAUGAGAAGGCAGAGAGAAAAUCUGAGGUGGCCUCAACAUUCCAGCAUUCCUAUGUGGACGUAGCACAAGAGCAUGUUCUCAGAGAUGAGAGUUUGUCUUAUAUAAGCAAUGGCUCUAUGGAGGCGAUGUGGCAACAGAAGAGAAGCUCUUCCAGAGUUUCAUCGCUCAUUAAAGCCUUCAGUUCAGGGGAGAGUAACUGUGACAGUGGGCCUCCUGACACUGUAAAGGACAAAUACCGAGACUUUAAUAACGAGUCAUGGGACAAAACAGCUCUGCUAAGUAUUCAGAGAGAACUGUCUGAGUUCUCUUCUGGUUACCAUCCGAAUUUUAAGUCAGGUCCUUUACAGUCUUAUGGAAAUCAUUUUCAUGCAGUGGCCCGGAUGAACACAGCAACAUCCUCAAAAACAAAGUUCAAGGCACCUAACACCACUAACUUUUUCUUCCACAGUGAAUUCAGUCCUUUCCAGUUGUGGAAGGAUUAUAACAGGUUCCCUUUCGAAAGGCGGGAACCAUCAGGGUUUGUGUCAGCCACUGAAUUUCCUAGGUGGUAUAAUACUCCUCUCUACAAAGAACUCACAGCCACACACAGGAUUUCAAGCUCUCCAGCAGAAGGUAGGCAGUUUACCCGAAGAAAAAUUGAGGACAUUGCUGCCUCUCAGCGCUCUAGGUCCACGGUAAUCCAGAAAGCCUCAGCCAUAGAGAAGAGAUGUGAGUCUGAAAUGGCAUCUAACUGCCCCCCAUGGAAAAAUAAUAACUUUGUGAGAAACAAAUUGCCAAGCAACAGGCCCUCCACAGUCUCACCAACCAAUGAGAAAGUGCAUAGGCCAGAUUCUAGCUUGCUUUAUCACAGUAGACAUACAUACGAGAUUCAACACAAAGUAGGGAAAGUGGGCAGUAGUGAGAUGUCCAGUAGAACCACCCCAUUCAACAUUACUCAGCUUCUGACACCUGUAAUUCCUGGAAGACAAGAAACAGAAACAUCGGAAAUUCUGCAAUUUGCACAUACUCCCUUGGUUUCUGAGUGUGACAGUGACCUGAAACCAAAGACUAAUGCCAAACAACUGCGUGAUAGCUACAAAUCCAAAGCAUCGAGUCUAUUGUUCAACCUUAAAGACAACAGAAAACGAGUCAAGAGCACUUACAGUCCUACGAAAUUUAAAGCUUCAGAGAUAUCAGAUCGGAAUAAGCAAACAUCAAAGGUAGAAGGUCGUGAAUCCAGACUUUCAGAAACAUCAGUAUCAAAAGUGCCCAAUCAGGAGCAUUCUGCAGCUCCUGAUGCUUGGGAACUUUGUAGCCCAGUCAAGCCAAAUUAUGAGCUUUCCUUACUCCAAACUGCAGAGCACAAACAUGUUGAUAAAUCACAUAACAGUAUGACCUUAGUGUCUCAGUAUGACACUGCAAACUGUAAUAUCUCUUAUUUGGGCUCCCAGAACAACCAUCCUGAUCAGCUUACUAACAGAGGGAGUGACCAUUAUGAGUUAUCAACAAAUUCAAGACUUGGUAAUAGUGGUGGGAGCCCAGUGGGUCACAUUAAUGACGGUACUAGGACAUUUGGCCCAACAAGACUGGAAACAGAAAACAUCUUUUCCAAAGCACAACUACCAGCACAUCUGUCAGCUGAAAUGUCAGCAAAACAAACUUUCUGUAGGAGAGAGGAUGCAGGUCAUCAGAAUUUCAAAGAGGUGAAGAACUUUGUGAGAAAACCAAGUCUUGGAUAUAUCAAUAAUCAGGUGACCGAUGAAACCCUUUCUUGGAAAAGUGUAGGACCAGUAAAUAUGGCGAACAAGGAAAUGGAUAAUAAUAAUGGGAUAAAAGAUGCACUGCCGUAUAAGGGAGAAAUAGCUGCACUGAUAGAAAUGGACAAACAGAGGAAAGCCACCACUAAGCAAUAUUUACCUUCAGCCAAUGAGAGCUACACUAUGAGAAAGGAGACGUGCAUAAAUAAAGAGAAUGAGAACGUAAAUGGGAGUUGGCAUCCAAAAGACAAAUACAUUCAAGACACAAAAAGCUCUUUCCAGACAUAUGCCGAUAAACAUUUCUCAAACAAGCAGGUAAAAGAUGAUCAUGCAAAUACACAUGCAACAUCUCAAAAUUUGUAUGAAUUUCAACACAAUGGUCUGCAAAAAAUGGCAUCUCCUCCUAAAGCGGCAAACUUUCCAAGGGGAUCAGAAAUUACGAGACAUGAAAAAGAUGAGAUUUGCCUUCAGAGAAACAUGAAACAUGCUAUAAGUGAUACAGAGACUGAAAAGGAUUAUAGUAAGAGAACACAAUUUUUGCAAUCAAUGGAGGAGAAAUAUCGAUAUAAUGAAGGAUCUGUUGCUUAUCAGCCAUACAAAUAUGAUUCAAACAAACAGUGGCAUAUUGCAACCACUGAAAACAGACACACUAUGGGUGAAGAGUGUAUGUCAAGACAAUUGCAGCAAUCUGAAAUGAAAGCAGAACAACCAGGUGAAUCAAAUUACAUACACUCCCUAUCAAGGACGUCUUGUAUUCAGCAGCAAAGCACUGUAUAUUCGCAAAGAACAAGCCAAAGAAAUUUGAUAACAGAGGACAGAGCCAAAACUGAGGAACACAAGCCAACCUAUUCAAUUGCCGCCAGUCACAAGCAGGGCAAUAUGAGCACAGACAUUAACAUACCAAAUAAUCAAAGAACUUUGCAAAAUAACCGUUCACAAACAAGAGGGGACAGAUUUAACAUUAACGAUAUUCUCUCUGUCAGAGACAAUGAACAAGCAAAAAGAGUCAGAGAAAAUAAACACAGUUUUAAUGGUAGAGCUGUUGACCCAACUAAAUUAGAAAAUCUAACUUCUCCAGUUACAUCUGAUGUAGCCGAGGACAUAGCAGCUAAAACUGAACCAUCUAAAGUUCAGUCACAGACACAGCAAGAUGGAAAUUCCCACUGCAAACAUGAAAAUGCAAAUGUAUCAUAUGGCUACGUUAGAAAGGAGUCACAUAUUCCAAAUGACGUGAAAGAGAGGUCAGGAAAAGACAUAUUUAUAAGUAAUGAGAAUGAUAAGAUCACACCAAGAGCAAUUUCAUACAAAGAAAAAGGACAAACCAAACAAGAGAUACUCACCUCAAAAUUAAAAGCACAUGCUCAGAAGGAGAUAUCAGCAAUUAAAGAAAAAGGCCUUACUAAACAUGCUAUUCCAUCAAGAAAUCCAGUAAAGCAAAGUACAGCUGUAAGCAAUGAAAAAGGACAAAUAAACCAGGAAGUUCUGUCAUCAAAGAAAGAAAUUACUGCAGAAAAACUGAAUCAUCUUUUUCAGGACAUUACUUAUUCAAGUGUUCCCUUAUACAAAGAACAAAGAAAUCAAGACAAGGAUGAGCCAAAAUAUGAAUCUUUUACAACAGAAAAAGUGGAAUUAUCUACAACAGACAUGGGCUCAGAGAAAGACAAAGUUGCUAUUGUGAAAGAAAGGACUAAGAUUCAAAUGAUAAAACCUCAAGAGGAAAAGAUUACAGAGGUAGACAAGAAAAACUGUGAAGUCCAGAAAUUUGUUAAAAAUUAUGUUCACCAGCCAAACAUGCAAUCCAAAGAAAAUCAACUUAGCAAACAUACCAAAGACAAUGAGAAAGAGCGAUCUACAAAUGUUAAUGUUGUUGCGAAUGGAACAAUUCUGGCCAAAUGUUUCUCAAGCUCUCCAACUCUCCAGGUUUUCAGUGAGGAGGAAUCUGUCAAGAAGGAAGAUAAGACCUCAUCUAACUUGCCCACAACAUACACUUCAAAUAACACAGAAUACUCAACAUUUAAAGCGAAUGGCAAUGAGAGUCCCAAACAUGAGGUCGUGGUAAAAGCAGCAACUAACCAUCUUGCACUGUACAACAUUUCAGAGAAAGCUAUAACCCUUGAAUGCUCUGUUAACAAAGCAAAAGAACAGCUGUCAAAUGUCAACACAGAUAAACCUACUGCUGAUAGCAAUGCAGCUUCUCUGAAAUGCAAUGAUUUGGCAGAAACAACCAAAAGUAAAGAUGGCACAAGAAAAGAAAACUCUUUAAUGCCACCAAAUGUAAGACAGCUUGAAAUGAGUACUAGACAAGACAAAACUCCAUCAGAUUGGACAAAAGAUGAAGUACCUGCUGUUGAGGAGAUAGUGGGAUUUACUGACACCAAAACUGCUUUCCCUAAUAAACAAAUGGCAAAUACUGAACAAGAAUGGGAAGAUCAUAAAAGUGCAGCUGGUGGAAUCAAUGAAAAUCAGACAGUGCUUUCUGAAAGUUCACCAAAGACCAAUAAUCAGGUGUACUGCAAGCCAAAUACAGAACCCCCAGAAAAGGAAACAUGGCAAGAAAAAGAAGACAUUCAGGCAGAGGCUGUGCAAACAUCUAAAACAAAUGAUGCUUUUCUUCAGCAAUUUCAGAAUACUGAUGUUACUGAUGAUACAUUGAAGUCUUCACAAAAUACACAUGCUAGCAAAGAAUUGGGAUAUCAAACAACUUUAAGCUUAAAUAAGGCAGUAAGUAUGAAACUUGAUUCUUCAGAGGAGAACAAACAUUCUCUGCAGCAAGAACCAAAACUAAAUGAGCUGUGCUGUGAAAACAGUGAAGUCCAAGCAACGGUGUCUCAAUUAAAGUUAAAAAUCAGACAUGAAAAUCAAAAUCAGCAAAUGAUAAGGGAUAAAGAAGUAACUAAAAAUGACAAUCAGCAACUACAAGACAGUGAAAGAUCCCCAGACACUGAACAUCAUAACCAAAAGGAAAAAGAUUUCCAUGAACAUAUAGAAAAUACACCUACGGAAAAGAAACAGUCCAAUGAUGACAUAGGAACGCAUAGUAGUAAUGGCUCAAAGUCCCCAGGCACUGAACAUGAGAAGUCAGAAGAGAAGCUUUACAUGCCAAUCAAUACGAUAAACAGUAAAGAGCAACAGCUCAGUAGCCACGCUGCUCCAGACAAAAGUGCUGACUUUACUAAUCCAGCAACUGAAAGCCACGUCAUUCACAUUGCAAGCAAGCAAGACAGUUCACCAGUGGAUGAGCCUGUAAUAUACAGUAUAUGUGUUUCAAGCACAUCAGAAGCUGUUUCAGAGGAUGAACCUAUAAUCUAUAGCAUUUCUGUGUCAAGCUUAUCUGAUGCUUCCAUGACAACUGGUCCAGAAAACCAAGAAAAUAGUCAAAAACAGCUUUCAGUAGAGCAAGUAGAGAAAGAUGACAAAGAAACAUUCGGCAAUAAAAAUAAAGAAAGUGACUUCCAUGAAAGUAAAGAGGAUAGUAAAGAGGUAAAAUUGCUUUUAAACAACGAUAUGGCAGAACAAGAAACUGUGGUAAGAAAAUAUGAUUUCCCUGCAAGCAAAGAUAAACUUGAUUAUUAUAGAUCAACAGAGGUGGACAAUAUUAGUUCAUCUUAUGAGAGUCUCUUGGCCAAAAAUGGGCUUCCUAAUGGAGAUACAAUUCAUCUGGAGUCAGACCAAAAGGAGCAGGAUAUAAAGCAUGGAGAUGAAAAGGAAGAAUCUACUCAUAACUCUUUACAAAAAAUACAGAAUAAUACAAAAGAUAAUGACCCUGUGGCUGUUGAGAAAAUGUUGACAUCAGCUGAUUUCACUAAAAAGCAUUCUCCAGAAUUGAGAAAACCAAAGCCUCCAGAAGCCUCCCCUGAACUUUUGAGGAACACUAAGGAAAACCAUGAGCAAUGUGUUACUCACUCUGAGCAAGAGCAUCAGACAGCUAAUGGAGGAGCCACACAAAGAGCUGAUGGAAUUGUGUACACUGAUAGAAACACUAAACAGGAUGUUGCAGAAAAACAAGAAAUCCUGAUGUCAAAGGUUGUACCAGUUUGUGAAGACGUUGUGGAUACUCAGUCAGCAAAGCAAAUCAUGGCAAAUGGAAAUGUUCAACUGAAGGAAAACAAGCAAGUCGGACAGAAAGUACAAACAAUGGAGACAGGACUGAAAGAAAAUGAUGAUGAUGUAGUUAACAAAAAUACUGAGAUGGUAAGAGUGAAAUGUGAGAAUGAUACACAACUUACAGCUGGAUUUAGUUCUGCUAACAGCAGCAAUAAGUCACUCAAUCACUCACGCGAUGAUUCACCAAAACCCGGUUCUAAAAUCUCUACAAAUGAUUAUCAGAUCAGGAUUAAAGCCCAAGACACAGAAGCAUCUUCAAUUCAGAACAGUCAGAGUGCAGUUAAUCAAACAGGCAAUACAAAAAGCCUCAUGUUGCAAUACAGGACACAAGAAGAAUGUGAAAGAGAUGCCCUCAAACAAGAGAAAGAAAGCAAAGAAAGUCUUCAAACCGGAGAUAAUAAGGCUUUACAAAACAACAGAAAAGAGUUGGUCUGCAAAAGCGAAUUCCCAGAACUUGAAGUCAAAUUCAUGAAAAGCAAUGAAGUAAAAGUCAGUAGGGUGAUUGAUUCACAGAAAGAAGUUUCAACCUUCAAUAAUGAACAGACCAAAGAGAAUGGUAGUGUUAAUCAGAAUCAAAUCAAAUAUGCUGCUGGAAAGACAGAUCAGAGUGUAUUUACAGUGCCAGAUAUUCCACUGGAAGCUAAAGAAGUGCAUAAAAAUGACAUAGAGAACCAAAUAAAGGCAGAUACUGUGAGUACCAGAGGGCCUGUGCCACCUAAUAAUGUAAGUGAAAAUGCUCAAAGCAUAACACCUGCAACAGUCACAGGAACAAAAGCAUCAUCUGCUCCAGGCAUGACAGAGGUUGACUUAGAAAGACUUGAAAAUGAGAAAUGGAAAAGGGAACCAGCACAAAAAGAAAGAGAAAUCAUAAAAGAUGAAAUCACACCAUUAAAUAAAGAUCCCAAGACAGCAUCAUCUGUAAUUAAAGGUCUCAGAGAUGCAGAAUAUGAAUCCAGUAAGAGUGAUAAAAAUCUAAAAGUGGCUAAAGCUCAGCCACAAGACAAAAAAGAUGAUCACUUUGAGAAGCUCAUAACUGACAACACUAGAAAAAACAAUGGACAAAAAGAAAUCAAGGCUGGCAUUGGGACAUUUAAAGAGAGUAGUGAUAUCAUUAGAUGGGAUAUGGAAAGCAGUGGGAAGGUUUUAGGAGACAAACACGAUCAACAUAGAAAUGUGUACCAUCCACAGAAAGAUGCUCUUCCAGAAAGAAAGGGAAAUACUUAUGAUGGAAAAAACACAUUUGAAUCUAAUCAAAACAGUCAAUAUCAUGAUACAGUGCUUACAAAAAAAGUGGGAACCUUCACUAAGACUGAGGUUCCACAGAAGGAGAAGAAAACGACUAGGCCAGAAAUAUCAGCUUUAGCUGACUAUGCUAGGCUGAGGGUUAUCUCUGCUGAAGAUGACACCAUUACUGAAAAGGAUUUACUUCAAAAAAUGAACACAUAUCAGAAGUAUAAUUUAUCAGCUGUGGAGCCACAGAAAGUAAAUGUUUCCAUGUCCGUGGGUGAUACAGAGCAAACCAAGCAGCUGUCUGUAAAUAAGAAGUCUGAGAAUUUGAAUGCAACAGCAAUGCCUUUACAAGUCCAGGAACGACGAACAUACAAAAUUACAGAUGAGAUACUUGCGGGACAUAAUCAGUCCUCAACCUGGAGUGAGAGCAAUGCUUAUCCAAAACUUGGAUCAUUGGCUAAAAGCCCAGAUGAUCGAGUAUUUGCUGUAAAAGAUAAAGAAAGCACCAAAGAAAAGACAUUAACCAACCAGAUGCAGUCAAACACUAAAAAAUCUUUGACUGCACAAGACUAUGGAUAUUCAAGAAGCCAUGAAGUGUAUCAAUCCCAAAAUCCUCGAGCUACUCAUCCUGUACAAACACAGAUUGAGAGCAAAAAUGACCCCAAGCUAAAACAGCCAGUUAAUGCAAACAUGGUAGAAAGGAAGGUUUAUCCUCAAGUAAAAAAUUCACAAUCAGUACCACAAGUGUCAAUUGGAACUGAACUGAAUAAUGCAAAUAGACAUGCAGAUAACCAAAUAAAGGAGGAAGUGAAAGAUGAAGAAACAACAGAGGAGCUACAAUACUACAUUGUCAAUGCUAUGGAAAGUGAGACAAAACCUAAAAAUAAUCACGAACCACUUUCAUCAAGCCACAAAAUUACUUCAAACAAAGACUUAACUGAAAUUCAUGCAACAGCGUCACGGUCCAACACUUCUUCUCCAGCCAUGGGGAAGCCCAUCAUGUUCAGAGUGAAAGAUAACACAGGCAAAACUUCCUCAGUUACUAAAACUGUUAGGCCACGCUUUCACAGAUCAUUCUCUGAGGAGUUCAGAAUUGGCUCCCCACUUGACAUCUGUUCAGAAAAAGACAAAGUUGAAUACAAUCAUGAGACUGAUCCAAAAGAGUCUGCUAACUCUCCAGUUUUGCAUGAGCAGCCAGUAACAUCACAUCGACUCCCUGGAGCAAAAGAAAUCGAGGCUCGAAACAAAAUGUUGUCCCCAGGGUUCAUAGCACCAAAAGAACCAAGGAUCUACAACAGACGAAACCACAUGAUUGAAGAGGAUGAAUCCCGAUCACUCAUCAGCACAGUGUCUGAGGAUGUGGAGGGUCUAGCUGCUAGCUCAGUAGUAAUGACAGGCAGUAGAUGUUUUGGGACUGAACAUAUUAGACAUACCUAUGCAAGGCCAGAAUCUUCCUGUUAUGAAAGACCUGAAUCUGCCUGUAGUGACAUGAGACCAGCAAGUAAGCCACCUGCUGUUCCUCCUAAAACAGAGAAAGCCCUUCGUCGUGCAAAAAGACUCACUAGCAGGAGAAUCAAAAAGGUAGAGGACCACCUGAAAUCUGAUACUCCAGUACAACCUGAGACCAAGUCCACCCGAACUGUCUCCAGUUUGCCCGCCUCACCUAUGGUGCAAAUGUCAACACCUCAAUCAGUACAGGCCUCACCUCUGAUAUCACACUAUCAUGUUGAACCAAAUUAUGCACCUCCUGCACCUAGCAUUGUGGCUCAUUCUUUCCCAAUGACCCAAAGAAAGCUCCUACAAGAUCCAAACUCUGGGCAAAUCUUCAUGGUGGACAUGCCAGUGCAGGUCAAGACGAAGACAUUUUUUGACCCUGAGACAGGAAAAUAUCUCCAGCUCAAUGUGCGUCAGAGGGCCCAGGGCACCUUGUCACAACCAGCAUCUGUGGAGGUGUUGAGUCACCCGUAUGUGGUGUACCCUGGUUUUCUGCCCAUGUCUGUUUCUGUCUCAUCCUUACCCUCUGUAAGGUCAUCAUCCCAGAUGUCAGCACCAGCCACGCUCACAGAGGAACCGAACCAGCUAAAAGCAAAUCAAGAACCAAGUGAACAGGAGAUUUGUGAACCAGAACGUCACAGAAAUGUCCAGCAGCACAACAGACCUGUGUAUAGGACACGUGAACAAACUGGCAGGGAACUUUUGCGCACUGAAAAUGUCAGAAUGACUCCAAGACAAACACAUAUCAUAACAAUGAGUGAAUUAGAGGACUUUGCAGUGGAGAACACCUGACUGAUGUACACAUGAAUAAAUGUAUAUCUGACUUUGUGAAUAAGAACUUAUUUAAGGAUUCAUUAAAUACAUGCUGUUUGAGAAUGAUUUUAAGGUUUGUUUUUAAGCUGCAAUAUUUCUUUGCGGUUUUGCUAUAAGAUAAGAAGUGCUAUUUAUUUUAUAAAGGAGAUAUGCAUUCCAUUUUAGACAUAAAUUAUAAUAACAUGUAAAUAUCUCACAAAUCUCCCCAGUCUUAAAUGACCCACGUUCAUUCAAAGAGAAAAUUUAUAAGACACUGACAUUUUGGCAUUAAGUGCUUACCAGAUGCAUUGCACCACAGAAACAAAAUAAGACCUCUCUUUUUGAGGAAAAUGUAUAUAUAUACUUACAUACAUAUAUAUAUAUAUAUACAAAAUUGCUUAAUGUUUUUUUUUGCAAGGUUUACAUUGCAAAAUUCACACAACUCAACUUGUAUGGAAACUGGUGUGAAAGUUUAACCUUAGAAUUAGGAGGUCGUGGCUGCAGCUUUUUCUGACUUUAUUUGUGUGAAAUGCAGCGAAUACUCCCUAGUCCGUUUGAAUUUCUAUGAACAUGAUUGGCUUAAGGCUUUAAAAUGUGACAGUUUCUUUUAUACACUUACAUUUUUCUGUAUUUCAACAUAUGUGUGCUUUGUAAAUUUCCUGUUAACUGAAAUUGAAGCUAUUUAACAUCUGACAGCAUAUAAAUUGCAUAAAAAUAAGAUUUGCUCAGUGAUUAUGGUUACACCAGACAUUAUGGUUACACAAUUUUCUACACAAUCAUGGUCCACAUUAUUGAUUAAAAUGUCAAUUGUUUUAUUUCAGAUUUCUUUUUAAGCUGAAUGACUCUUUUUAUAGUGUUUUAGAGUUCAUUCAGUGAUAAGUACAUAUAAGUAAAAUAAUAUGAUGUCUCUCAUAAUGGUCUGUUGCCAUAUAAUUUUGUUACUAUCACUAAAAAUAAGUAGUCCUUGUCAUUUCAUUGAUAAUUCAUUUUUUCAAUGCAACGUUUAAAAAGGUUUAUUUCUUGUAGCGCCAGGUUAUUAAAAGAAAAAAAAAUGAAUGCAAAGUGUUUGCAGAGUAUUUUGUUAUACGCAAUACCACUAAUUUUAUAUCAAACAUGACAUUACAUUAAUAUUCAUUAUGAUAUUAAAGCUGAAACAUUGCCUUCUGCAUUUUUUAACUUCCUUUCACUGGGCUUAAUAUUCCUUCUUCAUCUAUUACUGCUGGAUUUGUUUGAGUGCUGAAUGUUACAGCAUCUGAACAAUGGACCACUCUAGUGGACUGAGAUAGUAUUGUACCCUUUUAGAUCACUUUCCAUGAUGAAAUUUUAUAGUCACUUGUGCAAGGCUAUAUAAUACAUAAUUUUGUACAAAAUAAAUUCUG